AUGUAUGAUAAUAUAUGUUGUUUCCAAUGUGAUGAUUUCGUAAACCUCAACCAAAUCAAUCAAAACAGGAGAAAAGCAUCUGAAAACGAGAAGAAGAAGAUGUCUCUAAGCCCACCUAGAGCAAGGGUCAAUGGUGCGGCCCCUGGGAGGAACUACCGGCUUUACUGGUGCUACCACUGCCAUCAAUCUGUCCGGAUUGCUUCUACAAAUCCGUCGGAGAUUGUCUGCCCUCGAUGUUUUGGGCGGUUUGUUUGCGAGAUGGAAAUCAACAGGCCUAGGAUGGUUGUUGAUUUCACUGCUUUUGAUCCAUCCCCUGAAGCUCGUCUGUUGGAAGCACUCUCUCUUAUUAUGGAUCCUCCUAUCAGGCUAUUCAGUCUUGGUAAUUCUGAUAGCCAAGAAUCUCGGGGCAGGCCUUGGUUGAGACGUCGGAACAACUUACUAGAAUCCGAAGGUGAAAAUCGGCCUCUGGAGCGUCUUCGUAGGCACAGGAGCCGGAGUUUAGAUGGAACUGAUGAUAGAGAACAAGAACCUGAAUCUCUAGGUCAUCCUAGGACUUGGAUUAUUGUUCCACCGCCGGGUCCUUUUGGCCUAGGCCAAGCAGGACCAACUUUUCCGCAUGAAACCCCUGGACGCCCUGCUCUGGAUCCAAGGAACUUCUUUUCCGGACCAGGACUAAAUGAGUUGAUAGAUCAACUAACACAAAAUGACAGGCCAGGAGUACCACCAGCUCCGGAGUCAACAAUCGACGCAAUUCCAACAGUAAAGAUCACGGAAUCGCAUCUACGCAAUGAUUCGCAAUGCCCAGUCUGUAAGGAAGAAUUCAAGGUUGGUGAAGAGGCAAGAGAGUUGCCUUGUAACCAUAUAUACCACAGUGAUUGUAUUGUGCCUUGGUUAAGGCUCCACAAUACUUGCCCCGUUUGCCGCCAUGAGUUGCCUGUCAGCAGUACUGAUGAACAAUCCAGCAAUGACUGUUUCUCCGAACCCGAGGUUUCUUCCAGAAGAAGAGGUUGGAGGCUUAGGCAACUGGCUAGUAAUUUGUGGCCUUUCCAUUGGAGGCAUCAGAGAAUUAACCCAGAGACCUAUGGAACUCCUGCAGUUGAAUCAAGGUCGCAGGGAUGCUGUAUUCUUUAGGAUUUUAUAUGCAGCUGUUCACUUCAAAAUUUGACUAUUUUAUUCAAUUUCAUAAUUGUUUGAUAUCAACUUCCAACUUUAUAAAAAAGUUAUUUUAGCAUUUCA